AUGUCUUACCUACGCGGUUGGUUCUCGCUUGAUACGUCAAGCCCCGCUACCAAGAUCGAGCCCAAUGGCUCCUACCCAAUCCUGUCACUUUCAGUCCCGGAGUUAAAUGAAGAAGAUGAAGACGAUGGAUCGGACACAGCAGGUGAAGACGACGCACCACCUGCUUUCCCCGCGAUCAAUAGUGCACAACGCGCAGCCGCCUCGCCUUCUUCAUCCUCGCACUCAUCUAGGGGACUCGGCAUACCAAUGAUACUCACCGACUCAGCAUUGAUGCCCCCGCCGCCUGUUCCCAGCCUUGCCACACGCCGACCAGGUGUUCCCCCCCCACAGAGUUCAUCAUCUCUUCUUGCACCUAUGACUACGAAUCAGCCGCCGAAACGACCUUCCAGACGAGACAAAGUGGCUUUAGCGCCUGGAUUUGGCCCUCUCGAUUGGGGAAAUCUUAAAGCAUCUGGUCAGAAUCUACGAGGAGUUGAUGCAUUAAUGCGCAUCCCACCAUCUGUGCUCAAGUUGCAUAACAAGAAAGACGAUGCUUGGACAGCGAUCAAUGGAAAGGUUUAUAACAUGACACCCUACCUCCCGUAUCACCCGGGCGGUGAGAAGGAGCUCAUGAGAGUAGCGGGUAGAGAUGGAACCAAAUUGUUUUCAUCAACUCACGCGUGGGUAAAUGCGGACUUCAUGCUUGACGCAUGCCUGGUCGGAUUUUUAGUAUCCGAGCCAAGCUCAUAA